UCGAAUCAACAAGUGAAUUAAAAAUGUUCAAGCUCCUCAGCAUCUUCGCCCUCGUAGCGGUCGCUUGCGUAAAUGCAGCGCCAGGUGUAUUCUUGCCAGCCCCAGGCGUAGCUGCUGUUCCAGCUCCAAUUGUCACUGCCAGAAGUAGCCAAGCUUUUGCAAGAAAUUACAAUAGGUUGGCUGCCGCACCAUUGGCUUACACCUUACCAGCAGUUGCUGCACCAGUUGCUGCACCAGUUGCUGCACCAGUUGCUGCACCAGUUGCUUACACCGCACCAGCAGUUGCUGCUUACCCUGCAGCACACUUGACAUACGCCCCAUCAUUCCCGACAGUAGCACGACUUGCAUACGUAACAAUUGCGACUGUGCUCGCAGUAGUGCAGGUUGCCCUGGCUGGAGUAGUUCCUGCUGCUGCAGUUGCUGCAGCACCAGCAGCAGUUGCCGCUGCACCAUUAGUUGCUGCUGCACCUGCAGCUAUCGGUUAUGCUAAAGCUGUGCCAUACAAUAUUCCACCAUACGCAUCCAGAGUUGACAUUAACACCAGAAACAUUGCUGCCCCAUUGGUCGCAUCUGCACCCCUUGUAGCUGCAGCACCAGCAGCACCAGUUGUAGCCGCUGCAGCACCGGCAGCACCAGUUUUAGCCGCUGCACCAGCUGCACCAGUUUUAGCCGCAGCACCAGCUGCACAGAUUGUUGCUGCACCUGGUUUAUACCACCCAACCUAUGCCGGAAGUUUGACUGCACCCUUAGCUCAAUUCGCUGCUGCUUAUGGACCAACGUUUUUCGGUUAA